UCAUAGGUUGUCAUAGAGAUUUGGCCAUGAAUCGCUGAAAGCGGCGGCCUGUUCCGGCGUUCCGGCUCGCGCAGCUCGGGCCGUCCGGGCUACCAGUGCCGUGACGGACGUCGAAGUUGUCGCACGACGCGCCCGGACCGAAUCUCCCGGACUUUUACACGUUCGCGUGUAGUGACUGCCAUGUUCAGUGUGUGAUACUGUGAUGCUAUUUGAAAUUGGUAAAUACCAUGACUGCAAGAGCUCUCCGUCCAGUGUAACGUGAAGUGCAGUGUCGGGAAAGCAAUAAAAGAUGCAAGACGUGACUGUACCCUUGUAAAUGGUCCGUGAUGUGAAAAACAUGAAAUUCUCGCCACUGUUAUAAGUGUAUAACUUGAUGAUGUGGAUAAAGUUUAGGUAACGGAACACUAUAUUUGAGUGUAUAAAGGUGUAGUGGAAUGCGGGGUUCGUGCGAGUAGGGGUAGUUUGAGGAUGUGGAGCCGGAGCGUGUGACACCACGCGCUGGGCGAGCGUCGAAUGCGGCGUGGCAGUGUUUACAGCGUCAGCGAGGGAGUGGAGCGGUGUGCCUGUGCCAGGUAGCGAGUGCGCGGGCGCGGGUGCGGGUGCAGCCAUGGCCGGCUGAUGGAGGCGGGCUGGUGGUCGCCGUCGCCGUCGGCCUCGCCGCCGCCGCCACCCCGCGCCCCGCCGCCGCGCUGCCGAUGCCGACACCCGCUUUCCACCAGCUACACCUGCCUACCGCACUAUGGUGAGACAAAUGGCUGGGCGACCGGCGUGGAGGGCGAGGAGGAGUCGACGGUGGGCGCGCUGCGCGAGCGGGAGCUGCGCUCGCUGCACCGCACCGUGCCCGCACUGCGGCGACGCGAGCUCGACACGCGCGCCAUUAAGCACCACUUCUACCCGGAGGGGGGUUGGGGAUGGAUCGUGUGCGGCGCCGCAUUCCUGGCGCACCUCCUGUCCACGGGGCUGCAGCUAGCGUACGGCGCGCUGCACGUCUACGCCCUCAAACAUCUCGGCCCCAACGCCGACCACGCCGUAUGGGCGGGAGCAAUAUGCGUGGGAGUAUCCCGCGCCGCAGGCGCGAUGGUGGCGGGUCGUCGGCGUUCGCCACGGCUAGCCGCACUGUUGGGUGGGCUGUUGCUGCCGCUCGCCUGCCUGUUCACCUCUUUCGCGACGCAGUUGCACCAGACUAUGCUUAGCUACGGAGUGGUACUCGGGAUUGGGUGCGGACUGGUGAGGGAGGCGGCUGGCUUAGUACUCGGGGCGUACUUCCGACGGCGUCGGCAGUUCGUGGAGCUAGUGGCACACGCAGGCGGCGGCGUCGGCAUCGCACUCUUCAGCGUCGCCUAUAAGGAGGCUGUGGGGAAACUUGGUUGGCGGCUAGGCUUGCAGGCGAUCACUGGCAUACUGGUGCUAGCGUUUUUUCUUAGUGCUGUAUACCGAAGUGCAUCUCUAUACCACCCACAACGCCGAGCUAUUUUACAUUUGAAAAACCAAAGACGAAAGGUAAAAGAAAAGAAAGGCAUGCGGAGGUCGGCGCCGCUGAUCGAUCUAAGCCCCCUUAACUCUCGGCCGGCUAAAGUUUUGUUGUUGGCGGCUGGAGUGGCCGCGUUCGGACUUUACACUCCAGUAUUUUUUUUGGCCCUGCAAGGUUUCCGUGAGGGUUUGGAGGAGAGUGCACUCGUACUCCUGCAGACGUUUCUGGGUUUCGCCGCUGUGUUGGGCUGCGCCGGCUUCGGGCUCGUGCUGGUGCGCCCGUCGGCACAGUGCCUCGUCUCCAAGCAGUACUUGUGCCAAACUGCUAUGCUGGGAAUAGGCAUAUCAAUGCUAGCUCUAAGCAGCGUCGAGGGCUACCACGGAUACGUGUUGUUCGCCUGGAUGUACGGAUUGUGUUUGGGUGGUUAUCUCUACUCUAUGAAAAUGCUUACAAUGGAGCGCGUCAGGGGACGUCACUUCGCUAAAGUUUGGGGUUUCGUCCAAGGUGCUGAAGCUCUUCCUGUGAUAGUCGGUGUGCCGGUGACGGGUUACAUCAACCAGCAGGCGCCGCGGGCCGGCUUCUACUUCUCGACGGCGGCCACCCUCGCCGGCGCCCUGCUGCUAUUCUUCGUGGGCUUCUCCAAGCGCGAGCCGGAGCCGCCGCCGCCGGCGCCCGCGCCGACCGUGGCGGAGGCGUGCCCGUGCGUGACGCCGCCGCGCUGCGAGCCGGCGUGGUGCGCGUGCGGCGCGGGCGGCGCCACGGCCUACUGCGCCUGGCCCGGCCCGUCGUGCAGCGCGCGCCUGUCCAAGUCCCUCUCCUACGCCGCACCUCUAGACCGUGUUUGCUGCUCGGCCGCCGCCUACCCCGAGUGCUGCCGCCGCGCGCCGCCGCUGCGGCCCUCGCGCAGCGUCCCGGAAGGCCUCGCCCGCCGCGGGAGCACCUGGAACCGCGGCGGCUCCUAUCGCGCCCCCUGUCGCUGUCGCAGGCGGGAGCACCAUCUCAUAGAGCAGAUCACUACGUCGGUAUGACCGAUCGCUCAUUGAGUGGAUUCUCGUGAAUACGAUUAGUGAGAACUUGUAAAUAUUAAUUCUUUGUAGCUAAAAAUCAAGCCGAUAGCGGUUAGGAUAAAGCAAUAACGGGAUUGAUUAUAAUGUUGGAAGCGGUGCGAAUAUUGAACUUAUUUGUCGACUUUUAUGUAUUAAGUUCACCAAUGCGCAAAGGAAAAAAAAAUCAUUCCUGA